AGCUCAACAGCUGAUAGUUAUUUACGCAUGGUGCAGGUAGAAUGAGAGGUUACGCGAAACGAAAGAUGAUAUGAACAGGAAAAAUAGGUCUCAGGUGCGUACCGUCCAAAGCAACAAUGAACAGUAUUGAGCUUCGCGUGGCCCGGGCCGACGAAUUGGACCGGGUAAGAGAAAUUCUGCGGACAAUCUACUAUCCGGAGGAAGGCAUCACCAUCUCGUACGUCCAUGGGAAAGAACCCACGUUGGAUGACGAGCGGUUUUCGCUUUCGUUUGUGCAACAAGGAUCGGUUGUUCUGGCGGAGGACAAAACAUCUGGCACUGUGGUCGGUAUAUCGGUAGCUGGCCCGAUUGAACCAGAUGAUCCGGAUUCGAUGAUACAGGAAGCUGCUACUACUGACACGAAGAAGUGGUCGGAUAUCUUGAAGUUGUUGGCUCUUCUGGAACGAACGGCGAAUGUAUGUGGACGGUUCGGCUUACCCAAGGCUUACCAUGUGCACAUUUUGGGUGUUAAUCCAGCCUACAGAGGUCAAGCCAUUGGGACCAGAUUGAUGCAGUUUCAGGUAGAUCUCGCCACAAAAAAAGGUUUCGGCGCCAUUAGUGCUGACUUUACAAGUGUUUAUUCAGCUAGAAUUGCCGAUCAGCUGGGGAUGGAGUUCAUUAGUCAGGUGUCAUUGGACGAUUAUCGUGACGAAAAUGGUGAGAAGCCAUUCGAACCAAAAGAUAUUCAUCGAUUGAUAAAGACGUAUGCCAAAGUGCUCUGAUAGAUCUUAUUGCUUUGAUAAUAGACCAGUCAGUAAUUGUUGCCAUGCUAAGCAGAAGUGAGGCCUAUUAUUUUGUUCAUAGAUAAGACUACAAUGAAAAUUAUCUCUGUAACCAAGCAAAAA